CAUGGAGACGCGUAAACAGAGUCCUCCGCUGCAGACGGAGAUCACACCUGGAUUUACUGCGAGCUGUGUAUCUCUAGAAUAAUAAAGAGUAGUUGUUUGUUUUCUGUGUGCAUGAGUGAGAGUGAAGGGGUUCAUCAGCGUGUGAUGGCUCAGGAGCGGGUUUACAACCCGAGGGUGCGGAUGGGGAACUGGAGAGAGGAUGUCACUCUGGAGGAGGAAGCUCUGAGAGAGUUUCUGCAGAAGAAGGACAGAGGGGAGCUCACUAUCCAGAAAAACGGCGUCCUGAGAGAAAACCUCCUGCAACCUGUGAGUCUGUCCGUGUCCCCGGAUGGAUUGCUGCGUUUCGGAGACACGGUCAUGCUGCUAAACGUUAGAGGAAUGACGCGUGACCCGUGUGACCCCUGCGCCCUCAGCAUCAUCGCUGACCUCAGCAACAUCGCGACACAUCUGGAAACAAACUCCAAGCCGCAUCUACGGGGUCCGUGUCCGGUGGGCGGAGCCAGCAGCAUCCAGCCGUGUGUGAGGAACGCCUUUAUAAUUACCAGUGUGGACGAGACUGCAGAUGGAGAGAUUCUCAGAUACGAGCAAAACUUCGCCCUCAGGACGACUGCAGGCUUCGGUGGACAGCUUUAUCUGGCCAGCGACCACAGAACCUUCCAGAAGUGUGCCAAGAAAUCCCAGCUACAGGAAGUGAGCUUAGUGGAGCAGAUGGACUUCCUGUGUUGGUGGAGACUGGUUUACAUUGAUCCACAGGAACGACUCGAACAUGAAGGCUUCCCUGUGCAGGUGAACUCUAAGCUGCUGCUGUCUCACUGUAAAACUAACCAGUGUCUCGCUGCUCUGCCCGAUCACACACUCUGGACUGUGUUCGGGAAAGAGGCCGAGAUCACGGCUCGCACGCUCCUGGAUUCCCAUAAGGCCGAGCAGGACUGUAAUCACUGGAUGUUCAUGGCGGCUGAUCCGGGGGAACCGAGCGCACCGCGCCAUCACCCCGACAAGAACCAGUCAGAAACACACACACACUGAAAACACUCCCAGACAAGUGGAACAGCUGCUGCUGCUGCAUCCUGAAAUUAAAUAACGCUUAUACCCCAGAUAUUUCUCAGUGUUUUAGCUAAAAGAACUUGUAGUGUCAUCGCUGCAAAACACUGAUAUCUUACCGGUGAAAAUAUCUCAAAUACGGCCGGAUGUAUGUAUUAUUUCUGAUGUUGAGAUGAUUCUAAAUCAAAUAUAAGAUGAAUCGACUUGUUUGAAUGUUAUAAAUGCGCUGCUUUUUAAACAUUUAAGAUAGUUUGGUUUAAAUCUCAUGCAUGAACAAUUAGUGGAGAAGAUCACAUAAGUUGUGAUUAAAUGUGUGCAACAUCACAAAGAUUUGUUCUGAAAAUAAACGACUGUAGAAAGG